UUUCCUUUCAAACCACUUCCGGUAUUAUUUUGAAAUGUAUGCUAGUUCCACCUAAAAUUGAGUAUUUGGGAAGUCAUUUUGAAAAUUGUUGCUAAUUUGUGUGACUAUGAACUAGAGGGAGUUGCAAGCUGUGUGAAGGCAUACCCUGAUAAUUGGCAAGAGAAGUGCAGUCAGGAGAGGCAAGCACUUGCUCAUUGCACUGAAUCACACGACACUAUCAAAAAAAUCAAGGAUAUUUGUAGCGAACCUUAUACAGCAUAUGAUCUGUGCCUCAAGCAUCACCCAGCAGAUGUCACUGUCUGCUUUACAGAGCUAGAGAAGUUCUCCAAGUGUGCAAGUAACUUUAUACCAAAGAAAGAUGACAAGGCAAACUAGCUACAUACAUGACAUAUGAUUGGUAGUUUUGAUUAACAGACAGGACAGCGGAUAAAUUACAACAAAAUUCCAUUUGUGUCAAUAAUAGGAUUAUUUUGAAAGUUUUAACAUUACAAGAUCUGACACUGACAAUGAAUUAACUGGGAUACAUCGGCAACCAUUGAUCAUUUACUGACAUAAGGUUGUCUAUCAGUGAAUCUUAUUAGUGAACACGUCUGGGAUUUCUGUGACGUAUGCAUACUUUAUCAAAUAAUUCUCGUUCCCGAAGGUUGGUCUUGCUGUUCAUAUUUUCAGUGAUUAACUUUUUAUGGAAUGUGUAUCAAAAUUAGAUCAGAUGAUUCAGAAUCUGAAUGAUGAGAAGGAUAAAAUGUAGCUGACGAUAGAAUUAUUGAUCCAAUGAAAAUCAGGAACCAGAUAAAAUGGAAAAUAGUACAACUAGUGAAAAUCAGAAUUCCCCUAAAAUGGAGGAUCGCAGCACAGAACAGGAAUCAAUUGAAAGAGAGAGUUGUGAAAAUCAAGCAACUUACCAAAUGAAGAAGUAUGAAACAAAUGCUGAACAGAAUCAUUUGAAAUUAGAAAGUUGCGAAACUGACAAGCCUGAUACAAGUCAAGUGUUUGAGGAAAAUAAAAACCAGAAGGACCACAUGUUUGAUGAAAUGGAAAAUUAUGUAACAAAAAUAAAAGAAGAACCCGAAGAAAUUGACAUUUCUGAAGUGUACCUCAGGGAACUAGAAGAGACAACCUCUAUGGGACUCUAUUAUGAGACCAAUAAUCUGAAUGAAGGAAUGGAGGAAACCCUUAAUCAACCAGAUUCUGAAUACAAUCAUCAACAAAGCUAUGUAAAAGUUGAACAAUCUGAUAAUAUUUACGCAACUUGUUAUGAUUCUCCUAAACCACAGGCAGUAGAACCUGGUGGAAAACAUGGGAAAAGGCAAUUAAGUUGUGAUAUAUGUGGUAAAACAUUUUUAUCAAACAGUUAUUUAAAAGUGCAUAGAUAUAUACAUACUGGAUAUAGACCUUUCAAAUGUGACAUAUGUGGUAAGGGGUAUACACAGAAGGGUUAUUUGAGAGUUCAUAUAAGAACCCAUACGGGGGAGAAACCAUAUUCAUGUGAAGUAUGUGGGAAGCAAUUCAGUAGGAAAGAUGCUAUGCAUGUGCAUGAAUUGACCCAUAGAGAGAGUAAUGCCAAACCAUUUAAAUGUCUAUAUUGUGGCAAGGGUUUUAUUACGAAUAGAGACUACAAGCUCCAUGAGGUUAGACACACUGGUGAGAAAAAAUUUAAAUGUGAAAAAUGUGGCGAAUAUUUUGCCUCGAAGGGAAAGUUAACGAUCCACAUUGGUUCAAUCAAAUGUGAUGUUUGUAACAAGGCCUUCGCUACAAAGUUACAAUUAAAGAGGCAUUAUCGGCAGCAUACUGGUGAGACACCAUUUGUAUGUAACAUUUGUGGAAGAAAAUGUUCACAAGCAUAUAUAUUGAGAGUGCAUCAAGCAACUCACAUGGAAGUCAAACCAUUCCAAUGUGAAGUUUGUAAAAAGACAUUCACUCAGAAGCCUAGCCUCAAAGAACACAUGUUCCUUCAUAUGGGACGAGAGGCUCGACCGUUUAAGUGUCAAUUUUGUGAUAAAGCAUUUAUUCGACGGAGUUAUUUAAAACAACAUGAACUGGUGCACUCGGCAAACAAUAAAAAAUACAAUUGUAAAUUAUGCGAUCAAUCCUAUUAUAGUUCAAGCCUCUUAAAGGAACAUUUUGAUUUAGUACACACAAUUAAAAAGUUUAAAUGCCAGAUUUGUGAUGAAGCAUUUUCUACAAGAAAUAAGCUGAAUAAACAUGAAUUGGUUCACAAUUUGAAUUUUAGUUGUGAAAAAUGUGAUAAAGUCUUCAAACGGAGAAAUAAUCUAAUCAAACACAAAUUGAUUCACUCUUAAGAGAUAAUCUGUUAAAAUGAUUGCAUGUAUUAUCAUAAAUAAAAAAUUCACAAAAUGCAACUAAGUUCGACCACUACGACAGUGCCAUGAAUGAUAUUUAUAUGUAUGCUGAUCAUAAAUGCUGCUUUUUAUGGAGUUAUUUUGGUGCCAAGAGAAACAUAAAAACAAGAUAUCCAUUUGUGAUUCUCUCCAUCAAUCCAUCGACAUUUUGACUGGUGCCAUUUUCAAAGUAGACUUGUAUUUUAUUAUAAAUAGAAGUUGAUGCUUUGUAUAUAUAUAUUAUAUAUAUAUAAAUAUAGACAUGAUAGAUGUGUGUAAUGAAUAGAGUAUUAUAUAUUUAGUUUUCUAUGUAUUGACAUAAUAAAAACUGUGACAAAAAUGUUGUUAACUAAGCUUCAAAUUAAAUAUUUUUUACCAAUUUUCAUAAUUGGUAGCAGUUCUCGGUUUUAUUUCUCUGCCUCCUGGCAUAACACUUUGAUUGUAAAUUAAAACAGAAAAUAUGA